AAAGGUGGAAAGAAAAGAGUCAAAUGGGGCUCAGUCUCUUAGGUUAAUGAGUCUCGUGUUCGUGGGGAGACGGCUUUUAUCUGAGUUUGCUGUGCUGCGAUGGAGCCCAGCACAGAUACUUGUCCCCUCUUCAGUUCUUCCCCAGACAUGCCUGUGUCUUUGAUCUAGGUGUCACUCCACUAUGACGACUGUAUUGUAUAUGUAAAAUAUUCAAACAAGCUUUGGGAUGAACGUGACUUAGAUUAAGGAAAAUAGAUUCAGUUUUCAGUAAUUCACAGCAGUUACUGCUUUGAAGCUAUUGGAGGCCUGUUUGACAGACAGGUGAGCAACCAUUCAGCUCCUACUUUAUCACCUUUUGAUCAGCUCAGGCCGGGGCCUCAGUUGGAACAAGACACAUUAACAAGUCAGACACGGUGUCUACAGGGCAGCCAUUAGGCUCAACAAGAGACCCCUGCUGGGCUCCUGGCAGUGGGAGCUGGUUGAGAUGUGUAGACCUAUUGUUCCCUCAAAUUUGUCUGUGACUGUAAUUGCCCUGUUAGUCUCCCUUACAGGCUGCACUCGUCUACCCAAACUGUAACCAGGCUCCACUCAUCAGAUCAGGCAGUAAAACUUAAGCCGGGGGUGAUUGAAGCCACAAUGACCAUGGGUGGGAUAGAGACCUUGAAUUGAUGAGGCAAUUUGUCAAAGGUUCCAGAUACACAUCUAAAAUCUGGAGACAAACAGCCGUAAUGUAGUGAUAUUAGCUGACUGAAAGGUCAAAAAUAAUUGAGAAAGUAAAGAGUAUCACUUGUCUUUGUCCUGAUCUCUGGGAAAGAUCUCUACACACCUAUAAAAAGGACGCUGUAAUUGUCUGUCUGGUUAAGUUGUGCAUAGUUACUCAGCAUUUGAAUUCAACAGUUUUUAAGGUUCAUAUAUUUAUUCAAAUGUAAUGAGAUGUUUUUGCAAGACAUGUUCAGUUAGAAUCUGUUUGGGUUAAAGAAGAAAAGCUCCAUUUACAUGGAAACUACAUGAACUCAUUCUAUGUAAGUUAAAGUGCUAAGCCAAUAGUAUUUUGCAUUUGUGUUAUUGGCAGAUCAAAGCCAGGUGAGAGAUGCUUAAUUCUAUGAAACCCUCCAAUUAGGAGUCAAGGAAACAUGAAAGAGUCUAGCACCAGGAGUCUGCCUGUCUGUCUACAAAUGUCUCAAAUUCUGGCUCCCUGUCUGUCUACAGCCAGUUCAAAGGCUCUGUUUAUGACCCUCAGCCAACCAUCUUUGAGACUUGAUGGCUACUUAAUGUGCCAGCCAAUGCAAAAAAUAGGAUUAUUUUAAUACUAAAUAGAAAAGAACAGAGAAGAGCAGAACAUGUGAACAAUAAUCUAAAUUGUAUGUGUUGCAGGAGUAACCCAGUUGGGUCAAAAGCCGAUUCUUUGUGCACACUAGGUCAGCUUUGACUAAACGUAUUGGCCACAUGUGCUGUUCUUUUCUGUUGUUUUCUAUUUAGUAUUAAAACAAUAAUAAUAAUAAAUUUUAAUAAUAAUUUUCUGCACUAUUAAAGUAAAGUAGGAGUUGCCUUUGAGGCUGCGUUUCACUCAGUGAAGGCCUGGCUUGGGAUUGACCCCCACCCUACCUCCCUCAAUCACAUACUCCAUGUGCUGACUGAUAACCCCCGCCGUCUGCAUUUAGCACAAAAGAAGCCGUUGUCUCCUAAUGCAUUGUCUCUCCGUCUUUGAUAGGUAGUUGAUAACAGUCUAACAGACUGAUGGGCCGUCUCACCUUGGUGUAUAUAAAGCCGGCAGCAGUUAGAGAUUCAUUCAAGGACAAGCUUGCUUGACUGCUUUGUGGACUCUCUUCCAAACUCUUCAGUAUGGCUCUUUUCUUCCUCGUGGCGUACUUAGCCAUGGCUUGUCCUUUAAUGGCUCUCGACGUAGGUCAGUCCACUCGUUGCGUUGCUAUACCAAGACACAUGAAAGUCUGCAAAGAUGCAGGAUACUCCGAGAUGCGACUGCCCAACUUUUUGGGUCACAGUAACGUGGAUCUUGAAGUGGUGCCACGUUCAGAAGACUGGAGGCCCCUGCUGCAGACAGGCUGCCACCCCGAAGCUCAGGCUUUCCUCUGCUCCCUCAUUGCUCCUGUUUGUCUUGACACUUUCAUCCAGCCCUGCCGUAGUCUCUGCCUAGCAGUGAAGCACAGCUGUGCCCCCGUGCUCGCCUGUCAGGGUCAUCAAUGGCCUGAGGCUCUUGACUGUGACCGAUUCCCCGUUGAGGAAGACACAUGCAUUGCUCCCUUUACAAAGUUUAGCCACUUUGGUAAAGACUUGCCCAAACCAGCCUGCCAGAAUUGUCCUUCUGUGGAACAAGGUCCAGCAAUGAAGACAGUCCUGGAUGCCUUUUGCCACCAUGACUUUGCUGUGGCUGCUAAAAUUCACCACCGCCGUCUGCCAUUGGGAGGGCCACAAUUUGAGAUCGAGGGCCGUGUUGAGUUUAUUCGCCAGGGACCUCUGCUGCCAUACGAUACCCAGCAUGUACUUCAACAGUGGCUCCUCAUCAACCUUCAGUGUGCCAAAGUCCUUGUGCAGCCUGGGCGGUCGCAGCUUUUUGUGUUGACCGGCUUUGUGGAGUCUGAUGGCACUCUUGCUCUCACACAUUUGUUCCCUUGGCACAAAAAAGAUGCCGGCAUUGCAGUUGCCACUCGUAAGUGGAAACACCACAGAUGUUGAACGGUACGCCUCCAAAAUGUAAGAGAUUUACCAGUGUUUAAAGUGUAGAAUCACAUAAGAACCACCUCUUUGAAGGAAUAUAUGCUUUAAAACACACUUAUUAUUUAGGCCAAAAUCAGAGGGAUUUUGAAAUGUUUUUGGCAGUGGAUGUUAAUUAGAAUGUCUAAAGUGAGCUUAAUGACUAAUCUUAACAAAGCUGGUAUAAGACAUGUUAACUCUUUCCACUCUUUAGCCUGAGAUCUCAUGUCUCAUCUGGCAGUACAUAUAAUGCACUAAUUUCUGUAUAUAGUAAUAUUUUGUGUAAAUUGGUUGUAGAGAUUAUUUUCUAUAAGAUGAAUUUAUGACAUUGCUUGAUUUGUAUGUGGAAGGAAAAUAUCAUUUCAGACAGUCCUUUCUAGGUAUUUGUGCUUUUGUGUCCUAACUCUACCACAACUUUACCACAUGACACACUAACAGAACCACAGCGUUGCUUUGCUGUUGAGAUACUGUCCCUUUCGUUUGUUACUUCAAGUUUCUAAAUAUA